UAUCAUCGCUAGGAAUUUCCCGUGAUACGCAUGCGCUACUUCAAUAAAAUCAGGCAAUGUGGCGGCAGCUGAUAUUGCUGCUGGCUGAACUAAGUAAUACUGCUACAUCAUUGGCUUUACCUAGUACUGCUGCUACUAGCAUUACUGUAUCUCUAUCACAACAACUAGUAGCACCCGGCAUUGUGGCCUGUAGAUUCCCACUACAAUGGAGACAGCAAAUGGAUGAAGGAACAAGGGUGUUGCUGUCAUGAAUGUACCACGAAAGCACAACGGAAAGUGCCUAUUAUUCAAUACUGCCUCUCUAUAACACUUCAAUUGACACUCCCUGUCGGAUAUUGCACGCCAUUGAUGCUAUCAUUACAAUCAUACAGAAUAACUGAAGUGGUACCACAUUACCUAAUGAGAUGUUCCUAUUCUAAACCGUGUUUCUAUCGUGCAGUUUCUCGUUAGAAUAGAUAACAUCUCACCUAACGGAUUAUUAAUUGCCUCAGUUGGUGUGUCGAUUUAUCAACCAAAUCGGAUGUUCCUUUUCUCAUUUUCUUGUAAUUAUCAUUAGAAUAUGACUAGUCAAAAAGCACUAUCAACAUUAGUUGCAUCAUAACUACCUUAUUAGUGUUUUAUGUAUAUAUAUAUGUUUAGAACACCCUCUGUUUUGUUUGUGGGGCAAAUAGUGGCUACUUAAUAAUCAGACUCUAUGUUUAUAGCAGGUGGUAAUUAAGUAUUGUAUUUCCUAAUUGAAAUUGAAUUAUAAACUUGCUAAUAUAUAUCGAUAUAUAUAUAUAUGUAUAUAUAAGUGUAUAUAUAUAUUAAAAAAAGAAAAAAAAAAACUAGCGUUUCAUUGAACGAGCGAAGAACACGGAGACAGGUAUAAUUAAGUUUCCACCGGAAGUGGAGGAGGGAGAUUCGUGUCUUAUCGUUUAUGAUUCUUCGGAGUAGAUUUCAUAAUUCAACUAUUUAUAAAAGUGAAACUGGUUUUGGAUCUGUAUAUGUGCUGUAGCUGGUCACCGCCGACCAACUUCCUUCAACAUGGCGACGGAAGUGAAGGAUGUGCUUGCGACUGCUAGCUCCAACACCACUAAGGCUUCCUCUACCACUAAAGACACUUCCCCUACGAUGGUGACACCCAACACUCUCGAAAACACUUCUGUAUCAGUUGUCUCUACCUCUAGUGCCCCCAAUACUACUGGGAUGAGCGCCUCGAAUCCUAGUAGUCCCAAUAUACCUGAAGUGCCAACAGAAGGAAAUGGUGGUAGUAGCCAGCCACAGCAAAAUACAACACAGCAACAAACAGCAUCUCAACAGACAGGAUUAUUACAAACUAGUGAUACCAAAACACCUACAGGUAGUGUACCACCACCUUCAACAACUUCCAUAUCCAGCAGUUCUCAAACCACUACCAGUCCUGUCGGUGCAGGCGCCGGCAUGAAAAAAGCUGAUAAACAGAAACCAAUGCCUCUAGAUACUCAUAUUUCUGUGGGACCAGGUCAUGGACCAAAAACUCCUUCGUUGGGGACGGCUAGAGAUCGUGAAAAGAAAAUCGGUCAUCGGAGGGUGGACGAAUCAGGUGUUGUGACAUAUAAAAAGAAACCAACCUCAGAAUUGAUGGCUGCCAUCCAACUGGGGAUUGGUCAAAGUGUUGGUGGACUCUCAUCCAAACCAGAGCGUGAUGUACUCUUACAAGAUUUUGCUGUAGUUGAAAGUGUGUUUUUUCCAAGUGAAGGUAGUAAUCUUACACCAGCUCAUCACUACAGUGAUUUUCGAUUCAAGACGUAUGCUCCUGUAGCGUUUCGAUAUUUCCGUGAACUAUUUGGAAUCCAUGCUGAUGAUUUCAUGCUCUCAUUGUGCACAGAACCCCUUCAGGAGCUUUGUAACCCUGGAGCUAGUGGCAGUAUAUUUUAUAUUACUGAUGAUGAUGAAUUUAUCAUAAAGACUGUCCAACACAAAGAGGCAGAAUUUUUACAAAAAUUGCUUCCAGGCUAUUAUCUGAAUUUAAAUCAAAAUCCACGAACCCUCUUACCAAAAUUUUAUGGUCUCUACUGUUAUCAAUGUGCCGGUAAAAAUAUCCGUUUUUGUGUGAUGAAUAACCUGCUGCCGUCUUCCAUCAAAUUAACUGAAAAGUAUGACUUGAAAGGUAGCACUUACAAACGGAAAGCGUCCCGACAUGAACGAGCAAAAGAAAGUCCCACAUUAAAAGAUCUGGAUUUUUUGGACAACCAUCCUGAUGGCCUCACACUCGAAAAAGAAACAUAUGAUGCUCUGAUCAAGACUAUACAAAGAGAUUGCCGGGUGUUAGAAAGCUUCAAGAUUAUGGAUUACAGUUUACUGGUUGGUAUAUAUAAUCUUGACCUCGCAGCUGCCAAGGAGAAAGAAAAAGAGAAGGCAUUCGAUGUGAAAACUGAUCCAGCUGCUCCUUUAAAUGUGAAUGAAGAUGGACCUGGUAGAGGAUGGGCAACAAUUAAAGCGCCUGCCACAGAUGACCGCGAACGCAGUCCACCAAAGGACAAUGGUCUGUUGAUGUCAUCAAAAACUAGUCAGUCAGUAAACCUUGCCCGCGGAAAGUCUAUACGCACGCGUUUAGCACAAUAUUCCACUGCAAUGGAAGCAAUUCAAGCAGAUACCUCAGAUCGGCAAGGGGAAACAGAAGACGAUGUUCAACUUGGAGGCAUUCCUGCACGAAAUAGUAAAGGAGAAAGAUUAUUAUUAUAUCUUGGCUUAAUUGAUAUUUUGCAAAGUUAUCGCUUGAAGAAAAAAUUGGAACAUACAAUGAAAGCAAUAAUUAUUGAAGGGGACACAAUAUCCGUGCAUCGACCUGGAUUUUAUUCUGAACGAUUUCAAAAUUUCUUUGCUAAUACUGCUUUUAAGAAAACCCAAACUCCCUUGAAGCAUUCCCCUUCCAAAAAGAAGACUUCCAUAGCUGGCCGGCCACGUUUUCCUACAACCAGUGAACUUGCUGCUGAUGCUGGACAGACCAGCAAGCAAUCCGACAGAAACCAACGCACUAUUAGCUUUUCAGAUGAAAGUGGUAAAAAGUCUGCUUUGGGAGGCAGACCAGAUAUUGUACCUGAAAACCAUGCCAGCUUAUAUGGUGAAAGGGAUUCUUAUCAUAGUGGAGAGUAUACAUAUAACAAAGACGGCCAGAGGAAAAUGAGAUCUCUUGACUCUGGAAGAUCUGGACUUACUGAUCAUGGGAAAAGUUCCACUUCCUGUAUGACUCAUUUUCUUGGAUUGAUAGGAGAUGGCUGCAUCUGCUCGAUGGUGAAUGCACCGUCUCAGGUGAAUUCUUUCUCUCGCUCAUCUCCUAGGACACGUAAAAGAUCUGAUAUGGUAUCUAAUGCAUCUUCUAGUCCAACCUUCACAAGAUCUGACAUGUGUGGAGGAGUAUUACCUCCAGCCAGCAGUUUGGGUCACUCACCUCCACUCAGUUUGUCUGAGUCUACACCUACUCAUACUGAGUACACAGAAGGUACACCGAGCUAUACAACCUCAAGUCCUAGUUGUUCCAGUGAUGUACUAGACACCAAAAGAAAGGUCUAUCCUCCCGGAAAGAUUAUCUCCAUGUGUAAUGAUCGGAUUCACUGUGGAAACUCUGUCAAACCUCACUGCCAGCACCUUGGUUUGACCAGAAAAUACAUAGACUGCGGAAGUAGAGCUAGGUUAAGCCAGAGUCUUCCGACUAUGUGGGCUUCGGCUUUGAGUAUGGAAAAAGAGUCCACAUGCAGUGACUCAUUUAUAGGCAGCUGUGAUUAUUCCUGUGUGUACCCUGGUGAAAAAUGGGCGGCCAACAGUCUGCAGUCAUUCUGUGAUGUUGUCAUGCAGGUUACUAAUUCACCAACCAACAGAGCAGCAGCUGCGGCAGCAACACUCUCAGACAAAGACACUGAAGAUGAAUCUGAUAUGGUUACAACACCACAGAGUUGAUGAGUUGAUUGCAACAGUAGCAUGUGACUGUUUGAUAUUUUAAUUUCCAUCUACUUUCUGCCAUCAACCUCAUUCAGAUUUCUCUCUCUCCUCGCUACCAAUUUAUCUAUCUGUCUGUCUGUCUAUCUAUCUUUCUCUCUCUCUCUCUCUCUAUCUAUCUAUCUAUCUGUCUAUCAGUCUCUCCAGUAAAAUUACCAAUCAGAAACAACUGCUCCUGAAAUGGAUUAUCCUAUUAGCAUAUAUGACUAAGCUGCCUUUGACUUGGUUAACAGACUUGCUACCCAAGUUUCAGGUUGACUCAACAACAGCAACAGCAAUUGCAGAAACCACAGCAAAUAUAGUAACCAUUGUUAGACAAAUUACUGUAAUUUCUCUCGUCAGACCACUUUUACUAUUAUUGACAAACGCAAUGGCAACCCAGCCAAAUGAAGUACUAAACACUUUGUUUCCUCAAGUGUUGUGAGAUCCUCCUCUGCUGCAGGCAGGCAUUGUGUUGCAAGAUAAUUACUUCUACUUGCUGCUUUUCAAAACAAAACAAAACAAAAAGACAAAAAAAAAAAAAAAAAAAACAUGGGAAAAAAGUUAAAAAAAGGCAUGUUGGCUAAUUGAUUAAUUAAUUAAUUGAUAAAUCGUCAUUACUAGUCUUUAUUCGGUAAAUCUAUUGAUAAUUUGCUCACACAUACAUGAUCUUUCUAGAAAUGUUUAAAAGAAGUAGUAUCUUGUUAAGUUAUUUUUUAACCAAAAAAACAAAAAGAAAAAAAAGAAAAGAAAAAAGUUGUUUUUUUUGAAGAAUUUAUAAUAUUUCUUCAUAGAUGGAUUACAUCAAUAAUUGAAUGACUUUAAUCAUGAAAGCUUACAGAACAACUUCUUUUGGUGAAGAUUCUUUCUCUCUCUUCUCUUCUUAGUAAGCCUCCUACUUAGAUCAUUUACAUCUGGUCGAUCUUUUAGAAGUUCUUUAUAGUGAUAUCAAUUCAGAUUAGGGCCAAGGUUAGUGCCAACCUGUGUUGCACAACAUACCUUUCAUUGUCCUGUAGAAUUCUUGUCUGGGCUUUCCUGUGGGGUUAGCCUUCUUACAUUGUUGAAUAAUACACACACACAUACACAUACCCACAGACAAAUCUCAUGGUUUCUAGCACUUUUGUCUUUUCCUACAACCAUAAUCUAUAGAAGAGAAAAAUCUGUUUUGCUCAGUUUGUCCAAUUAGUGUUAAAUGGCAUCAUACUGUAUAGAUGAAUUCUGAAUGAAGGUUGUUAGCAACACUCACGGCCAAUGAACCCAUUUUCUGAAGGUGUUGCCCUUAUCUUGAAAAAUAAAAAAAAAAUAAAAAAAUAAAAACCAAUAUACAUACACACAAAAAUACAAAUC